AUGAGUAAGUUAUCAUGGAUUGGUGUCAAGAAAAGCUCUCGACUUUUCAAAGAUUUCCAUGAAGAAUGGAUUCCAACCUUAAAGAAUACUCUUCUCCCAUUACUCUCCCGUUCAAUAAUGGUUUCUCCACCAGAAUUACUCUCAACUCAUGUCCAGAUGUUCCACCACCAUUUCCAAACCUAUUACCAAACCCUAGAUCUUGCUGCUUCCGAAGAUGUUUCUCAACUUCUUUUCCCAACUUGGCAUAACUCAAUACAAAAACCCUUUCUCUGGUUUGGUGAUUUUCAUCCUAGUAUCUUCACAAAUCUCUUGAGAUCAUUACUCAACAACGACGAUGAUGAUGAAGAUGAAGAUGGGGGUACAGAAAAAUCUGCAGAUUACCCACUUGUUUGGAAAUACCCAUCAAAGAAUUUGAUAAGUAAAGUUGAAGAAAUGGAAUGUGGGUUAAGAUUGAUUCUUCCUGGGAUUAUGAAUCGGUAUAGGGUAUUACAAUCUGGGUUUAUUGAUAAAGUUGGGUAUGAUUGGAUUCAUUCUACAGGGAAGAAUGAAAUCUUGAAAGCAAUUAGUGGUGAUGUAUGUGUUCAGAUGGAUGAAUUAAUAACUGUGUUUUUAGAUGCUAAUAGAUUAAGAAGAAGUAUUUUAAUGGAGAUUAUUAGCGCUACAGAUGUUUAUCAAUCUGCUCUUUAUCUUCAAGGACUUGCUCAGUUCUUUUUAGGGUUCAGUGAUGUUGAAUUGGUUAAGGAAUUUGAACAAUGCAAGAUCCCAUUAACACUAAUUAUUCAUUGA